AUGCUUCGGCGAAAAGAGGCGAAAGAUGCACGAACACUAUGUGACUAUGACAACCUGCCCACAACCAGCUUCAAUGGACCUAUCGCUCUCAUCCACUCGGAGCAGGAGGAACAGGAACAUGCUGAAUAUUUGAGGGAACAGAAGGUCGUUGGCGUGGAUACAGAAGCGAGGCCGGAUUUUCGCCCGCUCAAGGGAGCGACGGGCAACCCCGUAUUGCAACGUGGAAAGCCGUUGCCCCCGGUGCUACAAGAGCUCUUCGUUGACCCUGACGUACUGAAAGUUGGCCAUUCGCUUAGCGACGAUUUCCGUCAGUUGAAGUCGUCAAGACUCGUGCAGGCCGUGAACUCGACGCGACGCACAAAUCAGCUACGCGGCUACAGAUGCGUGGGCACCGCUGAGAGUUUUGUUGGCGAUGAUCCAGUUGAAGGAUACGAAGGAAUUGUUACGGACCAAAAGUUACAACUCUUCAGCGCAGACUAUUGUCAACGAGAGCCAUGA